AUGGCUACCGGCGCUGAUGUGAGGGACAUUUUGGAGUUGACUGGCGGAGAUAAUGAUGCCCCGAUCAGUAAGAAGGACCUCAUCAAUUCUGACAAGAAAAAAUCCAAGAAAACAAAUGAAACGCUGACCUUCAAGAGGCCGGAGGGAAUGCACAGAGAGGUCUAUGCGCUGCUGUAUUCUGAUAAAAAAGAUGCACCACCGCUCCUUCCUAGUGACACUACCCAGGGCUACAGGACAGUCAAAGCCAAGCUGGGCUGUAAAAAGGUUCGACCCUGGAAGUGGAUGUCCUUCAGCAAUCCAGCUCGAAGGGAUGGUGCCAUAUUUCACCACUGGCGACGGGUGGCAGAGGAAGGCAAAGACUACCCUUUUGCCCGCUUCAACAAGACAGUGCAAGUACCCGUGUACUCCGAGCAGGAAUACCAGCUGCAUCUCCAUGACGACGGCUGGACUAAAGCAGAGACGGACCACCUGUUUGAUUUGUGUAAACGCUUUGACCUGCGCUUUGUAGUAGUCCACGACCGCUACGAUCACCAGCAGUACAGAAAACGGUCCGUAGAAGACCUCAAAGAGCGCUACUAUAGCAUUUGUGGCAAGCUGACCAAGGUCCGUGCACCUUCAGGGACAGAGCCCAAGAUCUACAUCUUUGACGCUGGUCAUGAAAAGCGACGCAAAGAGCAGCUGGAUAAACUCUUCAAUCGUACACCUGAACAAGUGGCAGAAGAAGAGUAUCUGAUCCAAGAGCUGAGAAAGAUCGAGACAAGGAAGAAGGAGCGGGAAAAGAACGCUCAGGAUUUGCAGAAACUCAUAAAAGCUGCCGACACCACCACGGAGUUGAGACGAGCCGAAAAGAGAGUUUCCAAAAAGAAACUUCCACAAAAAAGAGAAACGGAGAAACCAGCUGUUCCAGAGACAGCAGGCAUCAAAUUCCCAGACUUUAAAUCUUCUGGAGUUACACUGCGCAGCCAGAGGAUGAAACUGCCAGGAUCUGUGGGCCAGAAGAAGAUCAAGGCAAUUGAGCAGAUUCUUGUGGAUCAGGGAGUGGAUCUUAAUCCAAUGCCGACAGAAGAAAUUGUGCAGAUGUUCAACGAGCUGCGAAGCGAUCUGGUGCUUCUUUACGAGCUGAAGCAGGCACACAGCAAUUGUGAGUACGAACAACAGAUGUUGCGCCACCGCUACGAAGCUCUGCUGAAGGCUGGCAACGGAGGCGCAUGCAGCAUUAUGGCGACAUCUGCAUCGCAAGUCGUAGAACCCAGUGGCGCCAACAGCAUGACUGCAUCGACUCCGGUGGGAGAAGCCCAGGCGUGGCCUGGCACUGAUGACAUUAAGAUUGAAGCCAAGGAGCAGAUCAUUGACGUGGUGGGAGCUCCACUGACACCCAAUUCGCGCAAACGGCGAGAAUCUGCAUCUAGCUCUUCAUCAGUGAAGAAGGUGAAGAAGCCUUGA